AUGAUUAUAGCGACCAAAACAAGAACCAGCCUAGCACCCCCCAGAGGGCACCCCCACUCAUCCACCCACUCUUCUUCUUCCUCAGUGCCACCAGCGCCUGCCGCCCACGCUGCUCCCUCCUCGACCAGCCCCGCCUCUUCUUCCUCCUCUCCGCCCUUGCCCGCGUCGCCCUUGCUGUUGGCAGCGGCGCUGGCUCUUCUGGUGGUGUCGUCUGGGGCGUCGCCCUCUGCUGGCGCCUCUGCUGCCCCUUCCACGUAUGGGACACCUGCUGCUGCUGCCCUCUUGCGCGCCCGCUUCUCCCGCUCCUGCAGGGAGCACACACCUUCUCGUGUCUCUUCGCGAGCGACUCCGCCCGCUCGUACGCUGCACCGCCCGCUCACACGCUGCACCGCCCGCUCGUACGCUGCACCGCCCGCUCGUACGCUGCACCGCCCGCUCGUACGCUGCACCGCCCGCUCGUACGCUGCACCGCCCGCUCGUACGCUGCACCGCCCGCUCGUACGCUGCACCGCCCGCUCGUACGCUGCACCGCCCGCUCGUACGCUGCACCGCCCGCUCACACGCUGCACCGCCCGCUCGUACGCUGCACCGCCCGCUCACACGCUGCACCGCCCGCUCACACGCUGCACCGCCCGCUCACACGCUGCACCGCCCGCUCACACGCUGCACCGCCCGCUCACACGCUGCACCGCCCGCUCACACGCUGCACCGCCCGCUCACACGCUGCACCGCCCGCUCACACGCUGCACCGCCCGCUCAGACGCUGCACCGCCCGCUCACACGCUGCACCGCCCGCUCACACGCUGCACCGCCCGCUCACACGCUGCACCGCCCGCUCAUACGCUGCACCGCCCGCUCACACGCUGCACCGCCCGCUCGUACGCUGCACCGCCCGCUCACACGCUGCACCGCCCGCUCACACGCUGCACCGCCCGCUCGUACGCUGCACCGCCCGCUCGUACGCUGCACCGCCCGCUCGUACGCUGCACUGCCCGCUCGUACGCUGCACCGCCCGCUCGUACGCUGCACCGCCCGCUCGUACGCUGCACCGCCCGCUCGUACGCUGCACCGCCCGCUCGUACGCUGCACCGCCCGCUCACACGCUGCACCGCCCGCUCAUACGCUGCAGCGUGCUCAGUCGUCGGCUCCCCACUCGCCCGCGCCUGCCGCACCACUUCCGCAAACGCAUUCGUGGCCCGGUCGAGGCAGGAUCCUGCCCGCUACCAUUACCGCCGCGCCCACCCCCAUUCCGCCGGCCCCGCCGACCUCCAGAUCCAGCCGAUUGCGGGCGCGGAGGGCACUGCUCGCGCCGGCCCGAAUCCCAACGACGUCCAGGCGACCCCCUCCCCCGCGUCGCCGGAGAUCGCCGCGGAGAGCGUUGCGCGGGGGAUCGCGCUCGGGGUGAGCGCUGGCCUGCUCGACCACGGGGGGAUGGGCGGCGAGGAGAACGAGGACGCGCAGGGGACCGCUGAUCGCCCUCCCUACGCUGACGAGCUUCGCGACGCUCAGGAGAUGGGCGGCGAGGAGAGGGCUGCCGAGGAGGCUGACGCGGAGGUGAGCGCCCACGCUCCUGCCGCGGCUGACCGUCCGAGCGGUUUGACGCAACACGUGCAGGGGCCCACGAGUACUCCGGCGAGGUGGGGCGCGCGGCAGGCCGAUGGGGAAGAGUUAGCACCCGCUCGAAGCGGCGGACGGGCUCGCUCGCGGAGGGGUGCGCAGGGACACGCGGGCGAUGCCCGGCAGGCGCAGGCUCCGGCAGCGCGCUCUCCGCGGAACCCUCGAGCUCCGGAUCCCGUCUCGCGGAUGGAUCCAUCACCCCCGACAGCACCGCAGCCGACGCCAGUGCGCCGACCAAGUGGGGACGAGGCUGACGAGGCGCCGCAGACAGAACGCGCGGGAGGUGCUGGAGGAAGAGGAACGCGGGGAAUCCGCGUGGGACGCGGCAGCAGCCGCCGCGGUCGACGAGGGAACGGGAGAGGUCGAAGAGGCGGAGGAGCGCGCGGCACAAAUCGGCGCCGCACCGGCGCAAGCGGUUACGCGAGGACCGUAGAGAGGCUAAUGCGUGAAGGCGCAGAAGGCGGCGAGGAGGUGCCCAGCGAGGAGGCUGAGGUCGAAGUCGAGAAUGAAGAAAGCGAAGGGGGUGACCCUGCUUUUAACCCAGAAAGAGAGGGGAUGUUGGAAGCAGAAGCCGAGGAGGACGAGGAGGAGUUGGAGCAGAUGCUUCGGGGAGCGGAGUUCCCAAACCAGCAGGCCCGAGGCGAACCUGCAAACCGAACCACAGUCUCCACCUGGGUGGAAAUUACUGACCUUUCUCCCGCGCUUACUCCUCUGCACUUCGUCAGCCCGCAAACCUGA